AUGCAUCAGCACGUUCAACACCAGGUUCGUCAAGGUGUGGGAAUCGUCGGCAAUGUCAUCUCUUUUGGGCUGUUCUUGUCACCAAUUCCCACGGUUUUCGGGUUUUGGAAGAAGAAGACAGUGGAAGAAUUCCACCCAUGGACCUUUGUGUUUGGAAUCUUGAACUGUUGUCUCUGGAUUAUGUAUGGAGCUCCAAAGAUUCAUCCGGACUCCACCCUGGUCUGGACGAUCAAUUCUGUUGGUCUUGUUCUAUACGUUGUUUACCUCAGUAUUUACGUCUGGUAUGCUCCUAAGCCAAAGAUGCUUCAAGUCUUUGGCUCGGUCGGCGCGGUCGCCAUUGUGGACGUGAUUGUAGCUUUACCGGUGCUACUUGUCGUUCACGUUAUCAAAACUCGAACCCUAAUCACCGGGAUCCUCGCCGUGAUUUUCAACGUGUGUUUGUAUGCGGGACCUUUGACUGUCUUGGGAACAGUUUAUCGGACAAAGAGUGUGGAAUACUUGCCAAUUUGGAUAUGUUCAGCCAAUUUGGCUAACGGCAUUAUUUGGUCCACUUAUGCAUUGCUCUCGGCUCCCAUUGACCCCAUGAUCUUGACUGGCAAUGGAAUUGGAACAGUCUUAGGAUUAAUCCAAAUUGGACUCCAUGUCUGGUACGGAAGUUGUUGGGGUAACAGGAAGGUAGCGAGCGGCGGCGACGACCUUAAGAAGCCCGAUAAGCCAUCGGAAGUCCAGCUUGAGACAGUUAAAAUAGUGGUCUGA